CAUAACGAGAGAGCAAAUGGAGUACCGCACUACCGUCUACCUGCUUCACCCUUCAUCGCUGUCACCACGAUAUUCCUUUCUCAAUGGAAAUCCAUCUCCAAAUCCGUACGGACAGCUCUCGUCUUCCUUUCUUCUCAACAGUUCAAUCGGCUUCUUCCUCCACUGCUAUUGCCCGGCGGCACAGUUGACGUCCAAGCCUCCUUUUAUUUCUCGCCGGAAUGUCGUUUCAAAUGGUUGACUACUUCGUGGAAUCCGUCGAAGACGGGUUACGACUCUCGAAGCGCAUAUACUUCGGGAAAGAUCGAUCGGUCUCGCCUCCAAGGCCGGCGUCGAUGGAUAAAUCUUUACACCAGACGUACCUUCCGACGGCACCAAUGGUGUAUGCGGUGGUCUCUGACCCCGCAAUCGUUGACAACCCCGACCUUCCGAGCUACCAGCCGUAUGUCCACGGGAAGUGCGAUCCACCCGCGCUGAUUCCACUCCAAAUGAAUGGAAUUGCGGUCGAGGCAGACUGUUACUUGGGUACUGCGUUCGUUACCGUCAGCGGAUCAUGGCGUGUCCAUUGUAUUAUGGGUAGUCGAAACUGCGAUUGCCGCCUUGCAAUCCCGAUGAGCGAGCGGGGUUCAGUUCUAGGUGUUGAAGUUGAUGUUAUUAGAAAAUCCUAUCGCACUCAGUUGAUUAAAAUGGAAGAAAAUAUGGAUAUUGUUAAAGUUUCCAAGGUCAAAGAUGGGGGCUUUUUGAAGCCCCAUAUAUUUACUAUGACAAUUCCAGAGAUUGAUGGAGGAUCGAACCUCUCAAUUAAAUUCAGUUGGUCUCAGAAAUUAUUGUAUAAUGAUGGUCAGUUCUCCCUCAACAUUCCCUUUAGCUUUCCAGAAUAUGUUUCUCCUGCUGGAAAGAAAAUUCCGAAAAGAGAAAAGAUACAAUUGAAUGUGAAUGCCGGUAGUGAAAUGGAAGUCCUGUGCAGGACAAGUAGCCAUCCUUUGAAGGAAAUAAGACGCCAGGCAGGAAGGUUGGGUUUCUCAUAUGAAGCAGAUGUUCUUGCAUGGUCAAGCGUGGAUUUUACUUUUUCUUAUAUGAUAUGUUCAAGUGGAAUUCAUGGUUCCUUGUUGCUGCAACCUCCACUCAUUAAUGACUUUGAUCAGAGAGAAAUGUUCUUCUUUUAUCUUUUCCCAGGAAAUGACCAAAACAGGAAGGUUUUCAGAAAGGCUGUGGUCUUUGUUGUUGACAUAAGUGGAAGCAUGCAAGGAAGGCCACUUGAAAGUGUCAAAAAUGGACUAUGUGCUUCACUGUCUGAGCUCAAUCCAGAGGAUUCAUUUAACAUCAUAGCUUUCAACGGGGAGACAUAUCUAUUUUCACCCUCAAUGGAAAUGGCAACUAAGGAAGCAAUUCAGAAUGCUUCUCAGUGGAUUAGUGUAAAAUUUGUUGCAGGUGGUGGAACAAGCAUUUUACUUCCCUUAAAUCAAGCAAUAGAGAUGUUAUCCAAAACUUGUGAUUCAAUUCCUCUGAUUUUCCUAAUUACUGAUGGGUCUGUUGAGGAUGAAAGACACAUUUGUGAGGUUAUGAAAACUAAACUGAAAAAUAGAGGAUCUAUGUCACCACGGAUUUCUACAUUUGGCAUUGGUGCAUACUGUAAUCAUUACUUUUUGCAAAUGCUUGCACUAAUAGGCCGGGGUCAUUAUGAUGCUGCAUAUGAUAUAGAUUUAAUAUAUGCUCAAUUGCAAAAACUACUUGGUACAGCUUCAUCUAUUAUUCUUGCAAAUAUUAGUAUUGAUGCUUUGGAGCAACUUGAUGGACUUGAGGUGUACCCCUACCAUCUUCCAGACCUUUUAUCUGGAUGUCCAUUGAUUGUAUCAGGUAGAUACCAAGGGAGUUUUCCUCAUCCUGUAAAAGUCAGAGGUAUUUUGGGGGACAUGAGCAGUUUCACAAUAGAUUUGAAGGUGCAAAAAUCCAAGGAUAUCCCUCUAGACAAAGUUUCUGCUAAGAAUCAAAUUGAUUUACUCACUACUCAAGCAUGGUUCUCAGAGAGCAAACCUAUUGAAGAGAAGGUUGCAAAAAUGAGCUUACGGAUUGGCUUUCCAUCUGAGUAUACACGUAUGGUCUUACUUCAGACUGAAAUAGGGAAGAAAGUGACAGAAUCAUUUGGAUCAGAAGAGAUCUUGAACAAAAUUGACCUUGCAAAGCUGGUGAAGUCUAAAGGCUACGAUAUAACUCUCUUGCCGAGUUUGGGCAUGGGCUUUGGAAACUUGGCUGCAACUGCAGAUAAUACUCCUCUCGAACCUGGUGAAAUUUCCAUUGAACCUGUGGAGAUAUUUGUCAAGGCAGCUUCAAACUGUUGUGGCAAGUUGGCUAAUGAUUGUUGUUGUCUAUGUUGUAUCCGAGCUUGUUCCAAGGUGAACAAUGAGUGUGCAACUGUUCUUCUUCAGCUUGGUGCUGCUUUAUCGUAUCUUGGCUGCUUCAUCUGUUGUUCGGGCAACGAUUGAUCAUCGAAACUGCCAGUAAUUCCGAUUUGGCUCUCUGUAUGUUGUCUUGCAAAUAUAUUAUUUCCCUCAGCUUGUAUUUGAGGCCGGUUGACUAAAACAUGGUUGAAACUUCUUUUGUGACA